AUGAUGACAAGUCUGUUCGUAGCUGAAUUGACGGAAGUCUCUAACAAUGUCUUUCACUCAGUCCUGAAAAGUCGAGCCUUGGCUAGGGACCAUCUUCUGUCCAGCGAUGGCCUUGAGACUAUGCAGAGCAGGGUCGACAACUUGAUGACAGACGUGACUUCGUGGACGUCUAAACUUAAUUCCAGUAGCAGGUUCUCGCAAAUUCAAUUCCUCACGCGUGUGAAGUCGCGACAUCCCGAUCGUCGCCGAUUAGCAGCAAAACAGCGAAUGACCGCAAAUUGA